AUGCCUUCGCUGAAAGACCUGAGUUGCUCGAUCGAGAUCUCGGGCGACCAAGAGCCGUUGCAGGAGUUUGGGACCGUGUACGGAGACGCCUUCGUCGAGACCUUCAUCACCGUGCCCAAGGAGCAGCAGACGUUCACGAUACACCUUUCUUCUAAGAACUUCAUUGCUCCGGGCAUCGCCAUGUAUGUCUUCAUCGACGGCGUCUACCAGUGCAACCGCAAUAGGCAGAACUUGAAGCCUCGACAGCCGCCAGACCGUCGCUCGCUUGUCGAUUUCAGAGUUAGGCAGAAGGAAGAAAUACAAAAAGACGGUUCAAUGAUUGCCCGGGAGUGGACGUUCGAGAAGCUCGAUCAUGCGUCAGCAGAUGGUCCACCCCACUGGCAUUCACCGAACCUCCUCCAGAACGAUGGAUGUAUCGAAAUUAUUGUCCUGCGCUGCGCCGGGUCUCGAAACGCCAAAACGCCUGCAAACAUGAAUCUUGAUGGCGCAACCGAUUAUUCUGGCCACCGCUUCGACCGCGAUCGCCGGUCUCGAACAACAACAUGGGAUGACCGCGGCCCUUUCUUCAGUGUUGGUAGUAACGUAAACGGCCCCCCACCCCCAGUGCCAACCUACCACUCGCCUUACGCCGAGACGGUGCGCAGCCAUCAAGGAGUGACGACACAACAUCAGCGUGGCUCGAGCUAUGGUCGAAAUCUCUCCCCAUUCGCUCCUAGGAGAGCCCACUCUCGAUUCUCUGAGCCUGUUAGUCCAGGGACACAUCCUCGGCGUGACAUUCCAGCUCCAGGGUUUCAGUAUGGAAGUGGACCUCUUCCACCACACAGAGGUGGGGAGACACACCAAGAGCUCGUAAACGAGGCCAGACCAGCUCCCAUAGUGGACCCUGCAUUACUUGAAGAGAUAGUCAGAGACGCGGUCAAGCGUGGAGUAGAGCAAUCGAGGAAGCAGGACACGCCUGAUGGAAGUCGUAAGGACAGCCGACGAUACGAGCACGGUAUUGAUAAUUCCAGUCAAAUGCCGGGAGCGUGGCUAGCAUCUCCAACUCGCCCAGAAGACCGUCAGUCGCAGCGGUCAGCUUUGUCUGCAAACUACAACCGCGACUACGGCCGCAACGAUCCUGACUCGAUACGGGAGCGGCAUUCGAGUGAUCAGAAACGCCGUCCGACUCGCAGCAGAGCAGGAACACGCGUUACAUGGGAAGAGGAUGUUGGAUGGGACAAGCAGUCUAGAGCCGACGGAUGGGGUUCAGCAGACAACCAUCCCGUUGACUCAUGGGAUAUAGAGGAUACCUGGUCCCAGAAGCCGCCAGGCGACUGGGAGGAAGUUGGCCGAAGAUUCAGGUCCAGGACAACUCCUCGCCGGGCUUCUCACGCCUGGAAAGGCAUCUCCAGUCGCCGAGGCUCAAGUCACGACCACUCUCAGAAGCCUCGGUCCAGGCCUCACGCGCAGAAAUCUCAGUGGCCAGAGGAUAUGCGGUCGUCGUCCGAGGACAACGAUGGAUGGACGCACGUCGAAGCACUUUCAGAUUCCACGACCUCCUUAGAGCGCUCAGACUCGACGCUCAAGCCGUCACAUUCCCGCAGCCAAGUACAUCCAUCCAGGGGCAAGUCCGCACGACGCUCCUCGCAGCGAGAUUCUAGUCGACAUGGCCACGAGCGAGGAACAGCCCAGCUCAUCAACAAUCCACAGUGGCAUGCCGAGAACGCACACUACGCCCGCUCCCCUUCCGUGCUGGUGACGAACGCACCCACCGUUCCAUUCGUGCCCUCACCAUCUCAUCCAACCACCGUCCAGCUACGGAAGCAGAGUGCUUGGACCCAGCCCACCGUGCCCAUUGUAGCACCACCACCAGCAUGGGGAUAUGCGUCCAAAACAGCACGAGACCCCAGCGGCGCUGCGACGUACUUACUCCCCGCGCCUUUCAGUACCGUUGGUAGGAAGCAUGCCGGGAGCCGGGGUUCCAGCGAUUCAUCCUCAUGGGGAUUCGCACGCAAGGGGAAAACAGGCGCACGAGGACAGUCGACGUGGAGCGCGGACGAGACGACCAAGAAACCCACGAGCAGUUGGGGAGGCGCGGAGCACUCGGAUGACUGGGAUGAGCCGCGUGCUACGGGUAUAGGUACAGGCUGGGGAAGUGGUGGUGGUGAUGGUGGUGGUAGUGGUGGUGGUGAGCAGGAUGGCGAGGGAUGGGGGACCGUCGAUGGUAACGAUCGGCACCGUAAUCACGACAGUAACGACGACGACAACGAAGAAGAUGGCAGAAACCGCAACCAGCCGAGACUAUAUCAUAACGCACCGGCUAGUGUCUCGAAUCCAAAUCCAAAUCCAAAUCCAAAUCCAGGUCCAAACCCAAAGCAGUACCACUUCUCCCCCUCCCCAAACCGCCCAACCGCCCAGCAAAACAAAACCACGUACCACCACCACCAUCACAACAGUAUCCUCAGCGCAGGCACACCGUACGGCCACCUAGUCCACCGGCCCCUCUACCUCGACGACCUGGGGAAGCCAUACGCCGUGUUUCGAUUCAAGUACCGGGGGUGUGGCGGUUUCCGGAAAGCGGGUGUGGCGGAGCAGAAGGAGAGGAAGGGGAGUGAGGGAACGGAGGGGGAGGGAGGGGGGGAUGCUGGGGGGUGGACGGAGGAGUGGGUGGAGCGGUAUUUGUAG